AAACUGUUUCUUUUCAAACCCCUUUGUUUCUCGUCCACAAUCACCUCCCACCUCAUAAAAUUAUGUGACUGCAAAAAUUGUCGAAAAACAAAACAACUUCGGAAAAUCCUUAAUUUUUUGUAAAUACUUCCAAACACACACAUAUAUACAUGUUGCUGUUUUGUUGGUGAAGAAAUCGAAGAUAUUCAAAGGCACAUCAUAGUUUGUGUGUAUAUAUAUAUAUAGUCUUCUUCACAAGAAAUCAUAGUGACCAAUUUUGCCACCCUAAUUGAGCUAGCUAUUCAAUCGAUGAAGGACACCACGGCCGGCGCCGCCGUGGAGACCGCCGCAGGCUACGGCAUCAAGCCGUCGAGCUCCGAUGGCAGCCACCUUUUGGUGAGAAGGGCCAUGCAAUUCACCAUGUUCGUUGUUGGGUUUGCUGUGUUGUGGAUGUUUCUCUAUAACACUGCCUCUCCCUUUGGAUUCCAUGGCUUCUCGCAUUACUUCAUUGAUGAGUCAGCAAAAGCUGGAUAUGAUCCGAAGCUACAAAGUGUUCUUAGAAACGCAUCUAUGAAGGAUAAGACAGUGAUAAUCACAACUCUAAAUGAUGCAUGGGCAGAGCCAGGUUCCAUAUUUGACCUCUUUCUUGAGAGUUUUCACCUAGGGAACCAGACAAAAAUGUUUUUGAAUCACUUGGUGGUAAUAACUUGGGACCAAAAGGCACAUGCUCGUUGCCUAGCUUUGCACAAGCAUUGUUACCAAGUUGAAACUAAAGGUGACAAUUUCACCGGUGAAGCUUUUUUCAUGACUGCAGACUACCUACACAUGAUGUGGAGAAGAAUUGAAUUCCUUGGUACAGUCCUUGAUAUGGGGUACAACUUCGUGUUCACGGAUACUGAUAUAAUGUGGCUUAGAGAUCCCUUCAAACUAUUUUACAAAGAUGCAGAUUUCCAAAUAGCAUGUGAUUUUUUCAAUGGCAAUACCUAUGACUUAAACAACUCUCCAAAUGGAGGCUUUAAUUAUGUGAAAUCGAAUAAACGAACUAUUUCGUUCUACAAGUAUUGGUUCAACUCUAGGAAUGCCUACCCAAAGUUGCAUGACCAGGAUGUCCUCAACAAGAUAAAAAAGAACUCCUUCAUUUCCAACAUGAAGCUGAAGAUUAGGUUCCUUAGCACUAGUUAUUUUGGAGGGUUUUGUCAGCAUGCAAAGGACUUCAACAAGGUCUCAACAAUGCAUGCCAAUUGUUGUGUUGGUUUAGAUAACAAAGUCAAUGAUCUCAAAAUUUUGCUUGAGGAUUGGAAGAAGUACGUGGCAUUGCCUGAAAAUGAGAAAAAUCAGUCGCAUCCUUCUUGGAGCGUAAGUUGCAGGACGUCCUUUGGACGUGCCAAACAAAGGAAGCAGAAGAAUAAAGGGUGGUUACGACGACGGGCAUUGGCUGUAACUGUUUGAUGCAUAUAUGAUUCUUUUGAGAAAGUAUUGAACAUAAACGUUUUUUAUUGUUAGAAAAUGUUUUGUGCUUAUUUUUUUUUUAAUUUUACUGAUAAUUAUUAAAGUAUCACUUUAUUUCUUGUUUUAUAAAUUAUAUACAGAAAAUGGUAUAAACAAUAAUUGCUUGUACAAAUCUUUAGGGAGGAAAUAAAAAAUAUGACAUUUUAUAAAUUA